AUGAGAUGUUGUACUGCAGCUGAUGAAUACUUUUCGACAAAUUAUCUUUACAAUAUAAGAUAUAUAUGUACAUUGAAAUUAUCUCGAUAUCUGGCAUUUGUAUUUAUUUGUAUUUGGAUCACUCAUAGUAUUAUACAAACUUUCUUUUACAAUAUUGUGCCAUCUCUUGGAUGUGCAAUAGCAAAUGAUAUCUAUUUACGAUAUGCAACAUACUUUACAUAUCCAGUUUUGACUGGUCUCUUGCCAAUUGUAAUUUCAUUGUUGUUUAGUUUAUUCGCGUAUCAGAAUGUUCGUCGAAUAGUUCGUCGACAGAUACCUGUUGCUCGUCGUCGAUUAGAUCGACAAAUAACAGCAAUGUGUUUUAUACGUGUUAUAGCUUUUGUUUGUUUGGCAGCACCUUAUUGUUGUUAUCGAAUGUAUGCUGUCAAUAAUCCUGUUUCACGAAGUGAACCAUUAGAAUUUGCAAUUAGACAAUUAGUUCAAGUUAUUUUUGCGUCUCUUGCAUCUCUUAACUUUGGGAUCAGUUUUUAUCUUUUUAUUAUAUCAUCAUCACGUUUUCGUCAUCAAGUGAAAUUUGUACUAGUAAAAAAAUGUUGGAAACGAUGCACAUAUUUAUGUGGCUUUGGAAAUAUUCAAAGUACUGCAGAAAAUAUAAAACUAAACAAUUUAAAUAUAGAACCAAACAAUUUGAAUAUGGAACUUGAAGAAAUGACUAACCUUACUUCGCAUCAAUAA